AUGGCAACAGCUUCAGUGGCAUUCAAGUCAAGGGAGGAUCAUCGAAAACAGAUUGAGCUCGAGGAAGCCCGCAAAGCCGGGCUUGCACCUGCUGAGCUUGAUGAAGAUGGGAAGGAAAUCAAUCCUCAUAUUCCUCAGUAUAUGUCAUCUGCACCUUGGUAUCUUAAUGCUGAGAGACCUAGUUUGAAACAUCAAAGGAAAUGGAAAUCUGAUCCCAAUUACACCAAAUCAUGGUAUGAUAGAGGUGCUAAAAUUUUCCAGGCCAGCAAGUAUAGGAAAGGCGCAUGUGAGAAUUGUGGAGCUAUGACACAUGCCGCCAAGGCAUGCAUGGAAAGACCGCGAAAAGUAGGUGCAAAACAUACAAACAAGCACAUUGCUGCUGAUGAAAAGGUAGAAACUUUUGAGCUUGACUAUGAUGGAAAACGGGAUCGAUGGAAUGGGUAUGAUGCAUCGACCUACGCCCGAGUCAUUGAGAGGUAUGAAGCCAGAGAUGAUGCUCGAAAGAAGUACUUGAAGGAACAACAGCUUGAGAAAUUGGAGAAGGGCGACCAAAAUGAUGAGGGGGCUGCUGCUAUUGAUGAGGCUGAAGACGAAGACGAUUUGAGAGUAGAUGAGGCAAAGGUUGAUGAAAGCAAACAAAUGGACUUUGCAAAGGUUGAGAAGCGUGUGCGAACAACAGGUGGUGGGAGUACAGGAACUGUGAGGAAUCUACGAAUUCGAGAAGAUACCGCAAAAUAUCUUCUCAAUCUCGAUGUAAAUUCAGCACAUUAUGACCCCAAGACCAGGUCCAUGCGUGAAGAUCCUCUUCCUGAGGCAGAUCCAAAUGAAAAGUUUUACUUGGGUGAUAACCAAUAUAGAAAUAGUGGUCAAGCUUUGGAAUUCAAAGACUUAAACAUCCAUGCUUGGGAAGCAUUUGACAAGGGACAAGAUGUUCACAUGCAAGCAGCUCCUUCACAAGCUGAAUUGCUCUAUAAGAAUUUCAAGGUCAUGAAGGAGAAAUUGAAAUCUCAAACAAAGGAAACUAUUAUUGAGAAGUAUGGCAAUGCUGCUGAUGAUGACAAGCUUCCAAGAGAACUUCUGCUGGGUCAGAGUGAGAGGCAAGUUGAGUAUGAUCGUGCUGGUAGAAUUAUUAAGGGACAGGAAGCUGCAAUCCCUAGAAGCAAGUAUGAAGAAGAUGUUUACAUUAACAACCACACAACUGUUUGGGGUUCAUGGUGGAAAGAUCACCAAUGGGGUUUUAAGUGCUGCAAGCAGACAAUACGUAACAGUUAUUGUACUGGUACUGCCGGUAUUGAGGCUGCUGAAGCUGCAAAUGAUCUUAUGAGAGCUAAUAUUGCCCGUAAAGAAGCUGCUGCAGAGGAUACUACACCAGCAGAAGAGAAAAGGCCUGCUACAUGGGGAAGUGAUGUCCCAGAGGACCUAGUUCUGAAUGAAAAAUUGCUUGCUGAUGCACUGAAAAAGGAGGACCAAAGGAAGAGAGAAGAGAAAGAUGAGAGGAAGCGGAAAUAUAAUGUAAAAUGGAAUGACGAGGUUACUCAAGAGGACAUGGAGGCAUACAGGAUGAAGAAAGUGCAUCAUGAUGAUCCAAUGAAUAAAUUCAUGGACUAA